AUGUGGAUCCCCGCCUCCGUCUCGCCGAGUCUCUUUCUCGACCACUUCUCCCUCUUCUCUUCUUUCCAUCUUUUCAUCAGUCCGCCCCCUUUCCCUUUUCGCACCUCGUGCUCCCGUCGCGCAUCUCCCAACGGUGCCACCGCGCACGCCGCGCAUUGCGCUACCCUUCCUAGCCCCAUUGCGACCGCCAGCCAACAAGCCCUCAUCAAGCCACCUGAGGUGUACUUGUCCCACGGCUCUUCCUCAACUGUGCGUACUGUCGUAACCCUCAUCACCACCACGCCCCUAGGUGGUCUUGCCAUGGCAGCUUUCAAAAAGAGCUCUAAGGCCGGUUGCGGAGGUGUGGGCGACGGGGGUGAAAGUUCAGCCUCCGUCACUCAGCCAGCCUUCUCCCAGGACUCGGUCUUCCUUCUGGCUUCUAUGCGUCGACGAAGUCGUCGGCCCAUACCUUGCAGUAGCCGGGAAUCUUCUGCACCAGCGUCGUGGCUGGUUGAUCGAGAUCAAAAGAAAAGUCCCUCCCCUCCCUUACUGCCGUGA